AAAAAUAGCUUCAAUUCUCGGCUGGGCAAGUUGUUUGAUUCUCAGAAAGCAACGACAGGAACGCUACUGUUUAUUAAUUUGUAAAGUAACCCAAUGCUAAAUCAAAUGAUUGCUGACACUGAACAAAAUAACCAAAUAAUCUUUUGCCGUCACCGAUCGAUCGGUACGACAUGAUUGCACCCUCAAGCAAAGUCCGAAUUGAUCACCUUGAUAUAUAUGUAAAAAUAUGAUUUUAAUUUUUUUCCGUUGACUGAAAUUGAAGACAGUAACAAAAAUUUCUCGUUAGUUUAGGAUGAAGUGGUAGAUAACCAUUGAGCCAGUCUGAAUCAUGGUAGGGAAUAAACAUGGUUUCUCUCCUAAACGUUACUUGAUUACAAUACUCUCGAGUAAUUUUUUUUGAGAGUAGAUGAAAAAACAUCACCAAGCUGUCAUCAGCCUAGUCAUGUUCUUCAAAGAUAUAACUAAGAAACUACAAGUGUAGGUUGAUAUGAGAAGCAAGAGCAACCACCACUAUCCUUCUAAGGGACGCAGCUAUCUCAGAAACGCAUGAGGUUUUCAAGAGCUCAGGGAAUGGGGAUCUGACUGUCAGAUUAAUAGCAGGUAUGUCAACAUAAAUCAGCUUUAAAACUGAACUUUACCGAAUUUGUAAAUUAGAUGUAAACUCAUUUUGCUUGAAUUUCUAAAAAGUAUCUUUUUCCUAUGUAUCAUUGCUUCAUUUUCAUAUGCAGUGAUGAGCCCAAGGAAAACGCCAAAAAGGUAAUUUCUUAUUUGAAGCUAAAAUUUCUUAUUUCAAUUGCAGAAUCGUUUGAAUAUUUCUUUUACCGAGAUUCCAGGCCCUCUUCUCACAUAAAAAAUCCAAUUCCUGUCUACCACUGAAUUUGAUAGGUCUGGCAUUCAAGUGUAGCACUUAUGACAAUCCUUUAUAUUUCAGGUUAUACUGCAUAAAAAAAUAUUUGAAAAAUUAUAUACUCAAGCUAUACCUGGGGCGGAAUCUGGCUGUCCCCAAAGUUUUGUGCAGAGAAAUUAAUGGCUGAAGCCGUGAUUCUUUUAGCUGUGAAGAAGAUUUGUGUUGCCUUGGGAAAUGAAGCAAUCAACCAAGCUACUUCAAAAUUCAAAAAGUUUGUUUCGCAGAUAACAGAGCUUCAAGGAAGCAUGGGCCGCAUCAAGAGGGAGCUCAGGCUGAUACAUCAAUUCCUUUCUCGAAUGGAUGUACGCAAUCGCAAUAAUGAGACGUAUGAAAUCUGGGUGGAAGAGAUAAGAAUGCUGGCACAUGGAAUUGAAGAUACUGUGGAUGAUUACCUGCAACUUGUUUCCCAUAAACAUGAUACUGGAUGGAGUACCUAUCUGAAGAAAGGAUUCACACGACCAAAUAUUCUGCUCUCUUUAAACAAGAUAGCAUUGUCCAUUAAGGAUGCAGAAGCCAACCUGAUGCACCUAUUCUAGGCGAAAGACCGAUGGGUUUCGAUGGUAGGUGAUGGUAAUAAUCCUAGUAAUGACAGCUCAAAUUACAUUGUUGAGAGGUCCCAACAUCUAGCAAGCAUUUCACGCUCCCUUGGUGAAGAAGAUCUUGUUGGGGUCAAUCAAAAUAGAGAAACACUUGAAGAGUGGCUGGCAGAUGAUUUGUUGGAACGUUCAGUAAUUACGCUGCAUGGAAUGGGAGGGCUUGGAAAAACAGCCUUGGCAGCAAAUGCAUACAUGAGGGAGAAAGAAAAGUUUCAGUGUCAUGCAUGGGUCUCGAUUUCUCAAUCUUACUGCAUCAAGGAUGUUCUAAAAUGUUUGAUCACUGAACUUUCCAGAAAUGUGAAAAAGACUAAUUGGGGUAACAUUACUGACAUGGAUACUGGAGGUUUUCGUGAAGAGCUGAAGAGAUUCCUAAAGCUCCAGAAGUGUUUGAUCGUAUUGGAUGAUGUUUGGGCGCCAGAAGUAAUCAAUGAUUUGUUUGGAGCACAUGUUCCUAAUCUCAAAGGGAGCAGAAUACUUGUGACAACACGUAUCGAUGAUGUAGCUCAACUUGCUUUCCCAGACAGGAGAAUAACAUUAGAACCUCUAUGUGAGAAGGAAUCAUGGGAACUCUUCUGUAGAACAGCUUUUCCAAGGGAGACAAAUCAUGAGUGCAAUGCAGAACUGUUGCACUUGAUAGAUCAAAUAGUUAGCAAGUGUAAGGGGGUUCCUCUGGCAAUUGUCUCUAUUGGCAGGCUUGUCUUUGUGCGUGACAAGACCAAAGAGGAACUGAGGAGAAUACAUGACCAGCUCGACUGGGAGUUAAUAAAUAAUCCAAGCCUGGAACAUGUCAGGAAUAUCCUUUACUUGAGCUACAUUUACCUUCCAACACAGUUGAAAAGUUGUUUCCUAUAUUGCAGCUUGUUUCCGGAGGAUCAUCUUCUCAAAAGAAAGGCAUUAAUACGGUGGUGGAUAGCGGAGGGAUUCAUCAGUAAGAGGGGUAGAAGCACAAUGGAGGAAGUGGCUGAAGGGUAUCUACAGGAAUUGGUUAACAGGAACAUGCUACAACUAAUUGACAGGAAUUCAUUUGGCAGGAUAAAAUCAUUCCGGAUGCAUGAUAUCAUGCAUGAGUUGGCGGUUGACUUGUGCCGAAGAGAAUGUUUUGGCGUUGCAUAUGAUGAAGAUAAUAGACGUUGGGAACAUGAGGAUAGAGAUGAACGCCGAUUGGUAGUACACAAACUUAAUAAGGACAUUGAUCAAGAAAUUUCUUGUGCGCAUAGUCUUCGAUCAGUCAUUACAUUGGAUAAUAGUAUGAUAUCAUCAUCCAGCAUACUAUGUCUAGUAGUGGACAAUUGCAGAUAUAUGUCAAUACUGGAGUUAAGUGGGCUACCCAUCAGCACGGUUCCAGAUGCUAUUGGAGAUCUAUUCAAUCUCCGCCAUUUAGGUCUUCGUGGUUCAAAUGUGAAGUUUCUCCCAAAGUCUAUCGAGAAGCUAACCAACCUGUUAACACUAGACCUCUUCAGAUCUAGCAUACUGGAGCUUCCUAGAGGCAUUGUCAAGCUGACAAAGCUUAGGCACUUGUUUGCUGAGAAACAGACUGAUCGACAUCGGCGCCUUUUCAGGUGGUGCACUGGUGUAAGCAUCCCCAGGGGCCUUGAGAACUUGACAAGCCUACAAUCCCUACAAGCACUGGAAGCUCAGGAUGAGUCUGUUAGAUGCUUAGGAGAGCUCAGGCAGAUGAGAGGUCUCAGAUUAUGGAAAGUGAAGGCAAGCCUCUGUGAACGCCUCUAUGAGUCGCUGCUUCAGAUGAAAUGUUUGUCCUACCUAAGUAUCACGGCAAGUGAUGAGGAUGAUGUUCUCCAGUUGGAUGGCUUGAACCCCCUUCCUCCAAGCCUUCAUAAACUACGUUUAAGUGGACGAUUGGCACACACCAUGUUGGGUGCAGAGUCUCCUCUAUUCCAAGAAGAUGCCGGGGGACGAAAUCUGUACUCGUUGCGCCUAUUUUGGUCCCAACUAAAAGAGGAUCCCUUGCCAUCCCUUUCUCGGUUGUUAAAUCUAACAGAGCUACAUUUCACCAGAGCCUACAACGGAGAGAAGCUGGUCUUCCUUACUAGAUGGUUUCCCAAGCUGAAGGUUCUACGUUUAAGAGACUUGCCUAAUCUAAAGAGGAUGGAUAUUCAGCAAGGUGCCAUGGUGAGCCUUGAAAGAUUAAGACUAAUAAACCUAAGCAGCAUGGAAGAGGUCCCUCUAGGCAUUGAGUUUCUCAUGCCCCUCAAAUAUCUAAGCUUCGAGGAGAUCACUGUUGACUUCUUACUGUCAUUGCGCCAAUCUAGAAUUGGUGGUAUGCGAUGGUGGCACACUUUACGAGAGGAGAAUGAUAUGGAAGCUGGUGUAAGAACGUAGGCUACUUGAUUCCGUGGCAAUUAGCUACUGUUAUGUAAUAUAAAUUCAAUUCAAUAUCAUAAACUACAACACUAGCUAGCUAUAUGCCAGGUUAUGCAUGUCACAACAUUUUUGUCCAUAAGCCUUCUCUUACUGGCUAGGUGUGGUAGAUAGUCUGACCGCGUGCAGGGAGAUGCAUCUUCUCAAUUACAAGAUUAGAGUUUAAGACUCUUUUCAUUUAAUGGGUUGGUUUUGGUUGAGGGUCGUCCUAAUUCUGAGUUAAAUGUGUAUUGAACUUGGUUUGUUGUCGGUAUGCAUCAUAGGUAUGAAGAGGCCGGAGUUUAGAUUGUAA